GAAAAAGUUCAGAAACAAAUUUAACGUGAUUUGAGAACGUUGUGCGUCUUGCCGUCUUUGCAAGCGGGCGCCAAACUAACUAAAGCAAAUAUCCAAUAAAAAAAAACAUUAAAACGCAGUUUAAAAAACAAGUGUGUGUAACUGAAAAUUAGGCCUCUGAAAUAGGUGAAAACAGCAAUCAGAGGGACCUGAUAUCAUCGUUUUAUUGUUGCAUCCAUUGUUUGUUCGUCCUUGCCAUAUAUCGAGCUAAGCUUCUUUGGAGGAUAUCCCCUAAAAAAGAGAGCGUCACUCCUCUCGCACAUCGCUUAUUUCCACCACCCAUUAAGAUAAUCCAUUGAAAUCGGAAAUCGGACAAAUAAAAAAAACGGCAAGAUGUUCAUCGAAGACGAUGCCCAAAUGGACAGCUUCUGGGUGCAGAGCGCAAUUGGCGCGAUCAAGGCGAUCGCCUUCAUGUACGACAUCAUCACGCUACCGGUUUAUCUGGUGCUGCAGAAACCCUGGAAACGCCGGCAGGACUCUCGUCGAGUUAAGGCCAAGCCCAUUAACCAGAAAAUGUUGGUCGAUGAGUCCAAGUACGCGCCGGAUGACAUUGAGGCAAAAAUCAUACGAAAUGAUGACAAUGAGCUGACCUACCGGACUACAGAUCCGCCGCGUGAUGUCCACGUGAAGAUGUUGCAGGAGAACAUCGACACGCUGGAAAAAGUCUUCAAUUAUGUGGCCAAGACGUACACGUCGAAACGCUGCCUGGGUACCCGCCAGAUCCUCAGCGAGGAGGAUGAGGUGCAGCAAAAUGGUCGUGUCUUCAAGAAGUACAACCUGGGCGACUACAAGUGGAAAACUUUCACCGAGGCGGAGCGCACUGCGGCCAAUUUCGGACGCGGUCUUCGAGAACUGGGACAAAAACCGCGCGAGAACAUAGUAAUCUUUGCUGAGACUCGGGCCGAGUGGAUGAUGGCCGCUCAUGGAUGCUUCAAACAGGCUAUGCCCAUUGUGACCGUCUACGCUACACUGGGGGAUGAUGGAGUGGCCCACUGCAUCACCGAAACGGAAGUCACCACGGUUAUCACCUCGCACGAUCUGUUGCCCAAGUUCAAGACUCUGCUGGACAAGUGCCCCCUGGUGAAGACCAUAAUCUACAUCGAGGAUCAGCUGCAAAAGACGGAGACCACUGGCUUCAAGGACGGCGUCAAGAUAUUGCCCUUCAACCAGGUUGUGAAGUCCGGACAGGAAAGCAAAUUCGAGAACGUUCCACCCAAGGGCGAUGACAUUGCCAUCAUCAUGUACACUUCCGGCUCCACCGGCACACCCAAGGGCGUCCUGUUGUCCCACAAGAACUGCAUUGCCACAAUGAAGGGAUUCGUUGAUAUGGUGCCCAUCUAUCCGGACGAUGUUCUGAUCGGAUUCCUGCCCCUGGCCCACGUUUUUGAACUGGUUGCGGAGAGUGUAUGUCUUAUGACCGGCGUGCCCAUCGGCUACUCGACACCGUUGACCCUUAUCGACACUAGCAGCAAGAUCAAACGCGGAUGCAAGGGUGAUGCCACCGUACUAAAGCCCACCUGCAUGACUUCGGUGCCGCUGAUACUCGAUCGCAUCUCCAAGGGCAUUAACGACAAGGUCAACUCGGGCUCGGCGUUCAGGAAAUCGCUCUUCAAAUUCCUCUACCAGUACAAAGUAAAGUGGGUGCAACGUGGCUACAAGACGCCGCUAAUUGACAAAUUGGUCUUCAAAAAGGUGGCAAAGCUGAUGGGCGGCAAAGUGCGAAUCAUUAUGUCCGGUGGAGCACCUCUAUCAGCAGACACCCAUGAGCAAAUUAAGACCUGCCUGUGCUUGGAGCUUAUCCAGGGCUAUGGCCUUACGGAAACCACUUCUGGAGCCACAGUAAUGGAUUAUCGCGAUAUGACCUAUGGACGUACUGGAGGACCCUUGACCGUCUGCGAUAUCCGCCUGGUCAACUGGGAGGAGGGAAACUACCGCGUCACAAACAAGCCCCAUCCCCAGGGCGAGGUUCUCAUUGGCGGCGAGUGUGUCUCACAGGGCUACUACAAGUUGCCCGGCAAGACCAACGAGGAUUUCUUUGAGGAGGAUGGACGAAGAUGGUUCAAAACCGGAGACAUUGGCGAAAUCCAAGCUGAUGGCGUACUUAAGAUUAUAGAUCGUAAGAAGGAUCUCGUUAAGCUGCAAGCCGGCGAAUAUGUCUCUCUGGGCAAGGUUGAAUCUGAGUUAAAGACAUGUGGAAUUAUCGAAAACAUUUGCGUAUAUGGAGAUCCCACUAAGCAAUUUACCGUGGCGCUGGUCGUUCCCAACCAGAAGCAUCUGGAGGAGCUUGCUGAAAAACAUGGCCUGGGAGACAAGACCUACGAGGAGCUGUGCUCAUCGCCCAUCAUAGAAAAGGCUAUACUCAAGGAGAUUGCCGAGCAUGCGCGGAAAUGCAAAUUGCAAAAGUUCGAGGUGCCCGCCGCUAUCACGUUGUGCAAGGAGGUCUGGUCUCCAGACAUGGGGCUGGUAACGGCUGCCUUCAAACUGAAGCGCAAGGAUAUUCAGGACAGAUAUCAGCAUGAUAUUAACCGCAUGUACGCCUCAUGAAAAUUAAUGUACUAAGCCAAGGGUAACAGAUGCAGCGACGACAAAAACACGGAAAAAACUACAUUAGUGGAGCAGCAGCAAUGAAGCUAGUGUGUACUAAUGGCGAUUUAGUAGCACCCUACACGGCAUUAACAUGCAUACCAAAUCCAAAACCAAACUAGCCUAAGUCCUAAAAGAUCUGAAAGACGAGCAAAACAUUUGAGAAAACGCUUAGCCGCAUUGUGCAUGUAAAGACAGAAAGUUCUCAUUUACAAAUUGGAUUUGUUUCCUUUUAUUUGCUAGAAUUUUGAAAUUAUUCGUUUCUCAUCCUAAUAAAUAAAGAUUGUUGAAGUUUUGUUGGUAGACAGCUGCAGCUGGGUUUGGUUUGGAAAUGCGCUGUGUAUGUGCUUAGAAUGCUGUUGAACAGAUUGACAAUGAUAAAGAUAAAGAGAAUGAAUAUUGUAUACUGUACAGUUUUCGGUUUUUAGUACAUUUUGUGGCAAUUGAAUAUUGCAUAAACAAUACUUAUUUUUAUAGUAAGCUUAAGUGGUUGCCUAUUAAUUAUGUACAUACGAUAUAUACACACAAAUAUUUAAAUGCAUAUAUGUGUAUAAUAAAUCUAAUAUUUAGUGUACUUCUCUAUGCUCUAAGUUUAAUGUAUGGAAUUCUUGAAGUAAUGAAAUGUUGAAUGCAGAAAAGAAAACGACUUGAUUAUGAAUUAAAAGCAACAACUGAAAAGUGAAGAAAGUGAGAAUUUCCCUGGCAAAAUGCUUCUCUUUGGCGCGAAAGAAAUGCAUCUAAACACAAAUGGAACCAUCCAAAAAUUAUUUUUAAUUACAAAAAGGCAAAAUGGUUACAAAUGGUAAACGUAAAAUAUAUUUUAGCUCAAUUUAGUUAAAGGAAAAUCCACAUCAAAUGAAUUUUAUUAAAAACAUUAGCGAGAAAAGUCAAAAUUAGAAUGCAACAAAUGAAAGACUAGUACUAAAAUAUAAAAACCAUGAAAACCGCAAGGUGUCCAACAAAAACGCCUAAUUUAAAGACGUAUAAAACAAAAUAUUUGUUUUACGUGUGCAAGAACUUUUUAAUACAUUGUAGUCAUAUUUUUAGUUAAACUAUGUAUAUUUAGGAAACAUUUAGCAAUUUUUUGUGGGAAACGUGGCGUUUCUUUAAAAUAAAAUUCAACUGAUAAAAACACA